AUGACAAAGGUUGUGCUUCCUGGAGAUUUUAUAGAAGAUAUUAACAAUCUUCCAUCUGUUCCAGUAAUUGGACGUGGAUUAAAAGUUUAUAAAAAUGAAAUAAUUUCUACUCAAGGAGGUGUUUUCUGUUCUAGCAAAGAUGGGAUGUAUGUUGAUGUUAGUAGUAAGAGAUAUCAGCCUACUGUAAAUGAUCUUGUAAUUGGAGUUGUAAUUAAUGUUAUGGUUGAAAAUAUUAAAUUAGAUAUCUGUUACUUAGAAAAUGCAGUUCUUUCUACAUUAUCGUUUGAAGGAGCAACUAAAAGAAAUAAACCUAAUAUAAAAGUUGGAGAUGUUGUUUAUGCUCGUGUUAUCUCAACGUCAAAGUAUUUAGAAACAGAAUUAGCAUGUAUUGAUAAAGAUAAUUUUGCCAGAGGAUUAGGAGUUUUACCUAGUGGUGGAAUGGUAUUCAAAGUUUCUCUUAAACAUGCCAGAAGACUCCUUUGUCCUAAGUGUAAAUUGCUUGAUUUUAUUGGUAAAGAAAUAAAAUAUGAGUCAUGUAUUGGUAUUAACGGUAGAAUUUGGGUGAAAGCAGAUACAAAUCAAUCAAUAAAAUGUAUUGUAAAAAUAAUUCAACAAAGUGAAACAAUCCCUAAUUCUAAAUUAGAAGAGUUUGUUAGUUCACAUGUUAGUUUGAUGAGAAAUUACUGUAAAGAGGAAGUGAUGGAAAUUAAGUAA